AUGGCAACUAUUUUCAUGUCAAAUACUGUCGCCAGCUCAGAUCUAUCUAUAUCUUCUCUGUCACCCGACGAAAACCUGCAAGAGAAAUCUGAAAACUGCAAUAAGCCAACUCUCACUCAAACAGAAUCAUUCACGAAUCCUGUGAGCGCAACAUCGUACCCGGCGCAUACACUCUCCCCAUCUACUACAGAUCUGAUCCGUUUUUCAGAAUUAGGGAUUUCUGGCGACUUAAAUCUACAAGACUGGUCAAGACUGGAAAAAGAGUUGGUUGAUAUGGACAAAAAUCACACAUCAGAAGCAGAAACUCCGCGAAACUCCGAUGUGGAACUACCUGUUGGUUAUGAUCCUAGAACCGCCAUUAAACCAUUAGAAGGAUGGCGCCUCCAAGUUGUAGUCUUCAUUUUAAUUCUAGGCGUAUUUUUGAGCACAGUGGAGACUUCGAUAACGGCAACUGCUCUAGUUCAAAUCGGUAUUUACUUCGAUGAUUCAUUUAUGACUAACUGGGUAGUCUUGAGCUAUUUACUGACUUACAUGGGGUUCUCCGUUAUCUUCGCUCGCUUGAGUGACGCCAUUGGUCGGAAAUCAGCCAUUUUGAUUUCAUGGUUUCUUUUUGCGGUUUUCUCCCUGGCCAGCGGCCUAGCCACGACUUUGACACAGCUUAUUAUCUUCCGAUCCUUCCAGGGCAUCGGUGGAUCAGGACUUUUUACUAUGGCCAUGACCGUUGCCCCUCAAGUAUCUCCGGCAAGGUUAUGGGGUCUUCUAAGUGGCUGUUUAGGUGCAGCCUUGGCUUGCUCUUCACUUGUUGGUCCUGUCUUAGGAGGUGUCAUAACUGAAAGAGCUGGUUGGAGGUGGAUUUACCUUUUCAACGCACCAGUUGCUGCUCUGAUCGUAAUUCCAUUACAUUUAGCAUGGCCUAAGAGUCCUCAAUUAAACAAGGGAGCGAGGAAUCUUCUCCUGAGCCAAGUGGAUGUACCUGGUGCACUUCUUUUGCUCGCUGCGUCUACCUUGCUUGUGUUUGCUCUAGAACAAGGUGGAGGCUAUCGAAAUACAUGGAAUAGUGGUCCUGUUGUUGCCAGUCUCGUUGUCUCCGCUGUAUGCUGGAUCCUAUUUUUUAGCUGGAUAAUCUUCCUAGAAUCCGACAGGUGCAAAAUUAACAUUAAACCUAUUUUCCCCCUACGCACGUCUAUGGCUCGACCGACCGGUCCAGCAAUCCUAAUGGCAUUUUUGGCUGGGUUCCCAUUCUUUAUAAUCAUAAUCAACAUACCAAUCCGAUACCAACUUCUCAAUGGUGAUACACCAACUAUGGCUGGGAUCCAUCUCCUCUCUUUGCUCGCACUUAGUGCUGCUGGAAGCGCAUUGGGAGGUGCCUUAUCAAUCAAUAAAAACCGCACAUGUAUUACUCUAAUCAUGGCUUCGAUUCUCACUUGUCUCGGAACGGGCCUUCUAUCGACUGCUCCAAAUUCUCGAUCAAUUGAGCCAAUCCAAUUUUUUUAUCAAGCUCUUCUCGGACUUGGACUUGGUCUAAGUGUAUCAUCAAUAACCAUUAUGACAGGCCUCGCUAGUGACUUGGAAAGCGUCGCUUCAGUGAAUGGCGCUAUUAAUCAAGCUCGAGUACUUGGAGGGAGCAUUGGUCUCUCAACCGCUAAUAUCCUUCUCAACAGUAAAAUUGGCAGCGAGUUGAAGUCUGUUCUAUCUCCGACCGAACUCCAGAAUCUAAGACAGUCCAUCAGCACUAUCAUAAACUUGACUCCUAUUCAACAGGCCAAGACGAUCGGAGUUUUUGCGCAUUCAUUUAAUAGCCAAAUGCGAAUAUGUCUAUACCUGUCGGUCAUCAGUGUUUUCGUUGCUUUAUUCACCUGGCAAAAAAACCCAGCCAGUGUUCAAGCUCACAAGGAGAAACAGUCUGCAUUAUCAUCAGCUCAUAAUGAUGUGCCUUAA